ACAAACAACAAACUGCAUCAUGGCAAGCGCAAUUUCCAGCGGCUUUCGUGAAGAUUGUGCGGAGUUUUUAAGUGAAUUUGCAAAGUUACAGUCACCGGACUAUCAAACCUUUUGCCAGGAAUGGAAACGAACCAACUUCCAAUACAUAUUUUAUGGGCGGAAUACGGAUGCAGAAAUGGCAGAAUAUUUAGGAGAAAUUUUUUACACAGUAAAGAAAUGUUUCUUUGCUUCCAAGAAUCAGUUUGAACGGAUCGCCUCAUUCUAUCUGCUGUACACAUUGUACUUCAAGCAGCCACUGUUUAUGUUUUGUAAGAUACGGCUUACAUUAUUGGAAUGGCGUGUAAUGAAAGAUUUUGCAAGGCAUCCGUAUAACGAGCAGGAAUUACCGCAAGUAACAGUUAUACUAUGGAAGCUGUUUAAAUCAGAUGCUUUCCGGUUCGUGCAGGAAGAGCUAGAACAAGGAUUUGAUAGAUUUUAUUUCAAAAGUUCUGGAGCUAGCUUCGACGGUUCAGGACCGCUGCGAACCAGUAAGGACCUGGAAAAAGAGCUGCUAUCAUUGACGACACCUGGCGGACUUAUCAAUGCGAUGGAAAUACUUGAAAUGGGAUACAAUGAAAUGAAAGAGGCGCUGGAUGAUAACGGCGCAUCGGUAACAGAACCAAGCGUCGGUGACAAAAUACCUCAAUCAACAUUGAUGGAAAACCUGCGACGCGAUAUAGAUUCACUUGGAAGCAUGCUUCGGAGUAAUGAAAAUCAUCAAGGAGCAUCACGUUCUAAUUUAAAAAUGGCAGAAGAUGAGACUGAUUCUGUGGGAGCUAAACGAUAUUCGUUGCGAAGGAAAGCAUACCAGCGGGAAGUAAAAAAGAAGGUAUUUCGCAUCGCUGGACGGGAAUGUCCACACAGCUCGGAGGAUUCGUAUGAUGAAGAUUUUUCCAGUGUGCCAGACAACUCAGCAAACCUUGAGCAGGUGGAAUCAAAACGCACGGGCUUUAGAAGCAUUCGUCAGAGGGUGUCCAAUUUAAGUGACGAUGAAAUGGAUAAUAAUCAAGAAGAAUUGGGAUAGACGUAAAUUAACUUGUUGGUAUCGGCUUGUAAUGUAAAAAUCUUUUAAUUUUUAUGUUUAAAUUUAUGGAUGGAUUAAAGUUAAUAGAAAUAGAAACCACCUAUUUUAAGAUGUUACUGUUAAGAUGUAACACGAUUAUACCAAAAUCAAUUCACGAUCAGUUGUCAUCACCAUCUUGCUGAUGAAGUUAAUAAAUAAUUAUUUAAAAAUAAUAAUUAUUUUGUGGCACUACAACCUCAAGACUCAAGCCUCUACUGUCUUUCUCUGACUUUAUUUUUCCGUAAGUACUCUAGCGAACUUAACUGUAGGAGUUUUCGAGAGCUGCUGAUCAAUGAUUUUUUUAAAUCUGAUAAUGAUGUUUUAUUUUAUCUUUAGUUUUUUUUUAUGUUUUUUGAUAUAUUUUAUCUUUUUUAGAAUACUACUAAUUUUUGUGUGUGUUAUCCUAGCUAUUAGAGAGAGUUAUUAUUCAUGCGGUCUCGUGUAAUAACGGUAGUAUAAAUACAUAACAUCUGGAUUAGCCUCCCGUAACAAGAACGAAUGGGUAUACGGCUACGCGGUAAAAGCCUUGCUAAAGGUAAAACCUUGUAAGCCAUUAUAUAGCAGAGAAGGACCUAUCAAAUUGUUAUGUCAAGUAAAUAAGGAUCUGUUGAUAAUUAUAAAAUAUAAUUUAAAUGGAAAUAACAAUAAUAGUUCACGAGCACAACAAAUGAC